GUUUCAACAUUAUUUCUCUAGAUGGCGUCUGAAAACUGUCAAAGUAAAGAAACAGUGUUAAAGUAUAAUAUUGUUGCUAUUAUUUAAAAACUUUAUUCCAUUGUUUAUUGUGGGGUUGCUGCUCAAUGGGAAUUGAAAGGGAAAUUCAAUUCACGAUAUUUUGUACAAGAGAAGGAUAUAUACUCAAGAGAAGAAACACUUGGGUGACGCUGAGUAAACCUUGACACACAACAAACAGAAUUUUUUUAAUAAAAACAGGAAGAAAAGGAAAAAUAGCAAUAUGAAUUUGCGUCAUUCUGUACAAUGAGGCUACGAUUAAGCUAAGAACUAAGGCAUUUUUUUUAUGUUUAUACCUCAUAUAUCCUGAAUCGUCGUUGGCGUAACCUCAAACAUGAGUUACAACAAAAAGGUAUCAUACUUCUAUAAUCCAGAUGUUGGUAACUUUCAUUAUGGCCCUGGGCACCCAAUGAAACCUCACAGACUCUCAGUAAUUCACAGUCUGGUACUUAAUUAUGGCCUGCACAAGAAAAUGCAAAUUUAUCGUCCCUAUCGAGCUAGCACACACGACAUGUGCCGUUUUCAUUCAGAUGAGUAUGUAGAAUUCCUGCAAAAAGUGACACCACAGAAUCUACAAGGAUAUACAAAGUAUUUAAGCCAUUUCAAUGUGGGUGAUGACUGUCCUGUUUUCGAAGGGUUAUUCGACUUCUGCUCCAUGUACACAGGUGCCUCAUUAGAAGGUGCUACCAAGCUGAACAACAAUUGCUGUGAUAUUGCUAUUAAUUGGAGUGGAGGCUUGCAUCACGCAAAAAAAUUUGAAGCAUCUGGUUUUUGUUAUAUUAACGACAUUGUGAUAGCAAUUUUAGAGCUAUUGAAGUAUCAUGCCAGAGUUCUUUACAUUGACAUCGAUGUUCACCAUGGGGAUGGAGUUCAAGAGGCAUUUUAUCUCACAGACAGAGUGAUGACUGUAUCAUUCCACAAAUAUGGAAACUACUUUUUCCCUGGAACUGGAGACAUGUAUGAAAUUGGAGCAGAAAGUGGAAGAUAUUAUUCAGUUAAUGUACCAUUAAAAGAGGGUAUAGAUGAUGCUUCGUACGUCCAAGUAUUCAAGCCUGUGAUAUCUCAUGUAAUGGAGUUUUUCCAGCCUACAGCAAUAGUAUUGCAGUGCGGUGCAGACUCGCUUGCAAACGAUCGUCUCGGAUGCUUUAGUUUAAGUACAAAAGGGCACGGAGAAUGCGUGAAGUUUGUUAGAGACUUAAACGUUCCUUUGCUUACUGUAGGUGGAGGUGGGUACACUCUGCGCAACGUCGCCCGCUGUUGGACCUAUGAAACGUCUUUGUUGGUUGAUGAACAAAUCAGUAAUGAAUUACCAUACACAGAGUAUUUAGAAUAUUUCGCACCAGAUUUUACAUUGCAUCCCGACGUUGUGACCAGGCGGGACAAUGAGAAUAGUAAACAAUAUUUAGAAGCAAUUACAAGACACGUGUACGACAAUUUGAAAAUGAUACAACAUUCUCCCAGUGUUCAAAUGCAAGAUGUUCCUUGUGAUGCUCUACCACCUGAGGAAGAGAGGCAACCAGAGCCAGAUCCAGACUCUAGACAAAACGUACAAGACACUGAUAAAAUCGUUGAACCAGCCAAUGAAUAUUAUUCAGGAGAAAAAGAUCAAGACAAAAUGGAUGUGAGCGAAUCUUGAAAAAGGAAUGUGUAAAUUAUAUAAUUGGACACAGAAGUGAUACAGCUAUAAGAUAUUUAGAUGCGCGUGCGUAAACAUAAGAAUGAAAACAUGAGAAGUAAUUUUUACUGUGACAUGGAUAAUUGUAAAUAUUAUGUGAAGAUUGUAAAUACUUUUAAGAUUAUUAAAAUUAUUUCUUAUUCUUACUGGAUAGUUUGUAAAGUUCUAUCCCUUAUGAAAUAAGUACCUCUCCCAUUAGGGCUCAGGAUUUUAAAUAGUAUUAGGCAAGUUUAUUGUUUUAUGUCAGACAGCAUAUUGUCUACAAUGGUACAACAAUGACAAUGAGGAUGAUAUUAAUAGUAGUAAUAAUAAUAAUAAUUAUAAUAAUAAUUGUAAUAAUAAUAAUAAUAAU